AUGAAACUCUCAGCGCCCUCAUCACCAACCUGGUAUGGGAAAGCCGACCACCAGAACUCGGACUCUAUGGAAGUGGAACCCGGAUAUCUCAAGACGCUCAAAGCGAUGGAGCAAGAUUCGCCCAGUGACCCUUGCGGCUCCAUCCCCAUCGGAGACCUGAUACGACAGGCAUGCGGCGACUCACUUCUGCGUACAUGCAUUGUUAGCAUGUCGCUGUAUGCGCCUCUCGUCAAGAACGGUCCCGAAGCCGAGUCGGUUCCGGCCAAAGCGAUGGUCACUUUCAUCGCAAACACUGCCACUGAGUACGCCUGGGGCCGCAUCGUCGAUGCUCUCGACAAGAGGGGUUACAAAAUGACAGUCGAACAGCUAUCUCGUCGAAUCCACGAAUGUCCCGAUCCAACAGGUCCUAUGCCGAUGCUGCAAAGCUAUGGUCUUCCGCGCGCCAGGGUGCUGCUUGGACACGACUGCUACCUUCAAGAUAUCGAACACACUUGCGCCGACUCUGGUCUCUGCACGUCCGUCUACGGCUACAUAGCCGAUACCACCAACGAACCCGGGGCGCAGAACUUCGCCAUCGAAAACGUCACGGUUGAGUCGUUCUUUGAUCUCAACGAUAACAACGAGCUGGAUGAGACCUAUCCAGCCGCAGGCAACAUCGACCACUUCCAGCCCAAGGAUUGGACUCUGCAGUAUCGCCGAGAGAUUAGAACUCACAUGGAGACUUCGAUCAGAGGACACAACGAAAAGGUUGCGGUGUGGCUUGGGAAGCAGCUUCAGAUCCGUCUCAGCCAGGGAGAGGGCGUGGGGGAUUUGGCUCCGGGAGAGGACUUUGGUCAGCACUUUGUUGAUGUUGAUAUGGAUCUUGACAAGUUUCUUAUGGGAGCGAUGGAUCAAACUCGGGAGUUUUUCACGGCACAGAUGGGUGGGAUAUUCAGCCAGUGA